ACGGAAAUGUUUCAAAACCACACAGCGGGCUUCGCUUUGACACUGGACUUCCACCCAGCGUGCUGCCCUGGGUUUUACACGCUUGGUAGGCGGUGGGCGGCUGAUUGAGCAGAGGAACACCCGCAGGGAUCGCUGCCGGGAGGUGAAGUCCCAGCGGUGAGCAGCGGCACCCGGCUGCGUCCCUUCCUCGUCGGCACUCCUCAACAAGAAGCUGAGGUUGAAGCAUACAUGGCUCCUGGGAUCUCAAAUGAGAAGAAAAACGAAGAUGAACAGUCGUCAAAAGGGAAUGCGAUCCAUCUUUGCAAUCCUCACCUGGAGAAAAUGAAAGAAGACAUCCUGUACCAUUUUGCUCUUGGGACUGGUACCCAUGAUUUUCCUGCGUUGUUCGGAGAUGUAAAGUUCGUAUGUGUUGGAGGAAGUCCUUCACGGAUGAAAGCUUUUAUUGCCUACAUAGCUGAAGAACUGGGACUUGGGAGCCAAGGUGGUGACUAUCCUAACAUCUGUGCGGGAACUGACCGUUAUGCAAUGUACAAAGUGGGACCUGUUUUGUCAGUCAGUCACGGUAUGGGCAUUCCUUCUAUUUCAAUCAUGUUGCACGAGCUGAUCAAACUGUUGUAUCAUGCCAAGUGUUCCAACAUAACCCUUAUUCGCAUUGGCACCUCGGGUGGAAUAGGUCUGGAGCCAGGCUCAGUGGUUAUCACUAGGCAGUCUGUAGAUGCCACCUUCAAACCUCAGUUUGAACAGGUUGUUCUGGGAAAAACCAUAAUUCGCAGCACAAAUCUAGAUGAAGAGCUAGCUAAAGAGCUGAUGCAGUGCAGUAAAGAAAUCAAUGAAUUCAAUACAGUCGUUGGAAACACUAUGUGCACUUUGGAUUUCUAUGAAGGACAGGGCAGGUUGGAUGGUGCAAUCUGCUUAUAUAAUGAAGAAGAGAAGCUGCAAUAUUUGAAAGCGGCUUAUGAUUCUGGUGUCAGAAACAUUGAGAUGGAAUCUUCUGUCUUUGCUGCAAUGUGCAAUCUGAGUGGUGUCAGAGCUGCUGUAGUGUGUGUCACUCUUCUGAAUCGUCUUGAAGGGGAUCAGAUUAGCAGCUCACAUGACGUACUUGUGGAGUACCAGCAGAGACCACAGAAAUUAGUGGGAUAUUUCAUUAAGAAAAGUCUUGGGAAAGUAUGAAAUGUCCAUCUUUGGUUUUUAGAAGCAGGAGGCUUUUACACAGCUGAAGUUAUGGUCACAACUUCUGUGCAUUAAAGGUCUUUUGCCUCAGAAUAGCUUACAGAAUUCCAUGUGUCCGUGGAAGUUAAUCACUUAUCUCAGUGUGCUUUGGAAACUGAAUGUGCUGAAUAGACUUCAGUUAAGAUUAAUUUAGUUUUGUGUUGCUGGGAUUUAAGACUCACUUUUCUGUGAAUUGGAAAGUGGAUCUGUUGUGAAGGACAAGCUUGCUGUAAUGUAUGAAAAAGCUUUAUUUAUCCCUGCUGCUGAAGAAAAAGUAAGAAGAAAAUCAAAUGUUUCUUGCAAAGUACUUGCAAACCACCAAAUUAAAAUUAACUUAAGAAUUCUAAUCCUUUCACAUUGUAUUUUAAAAAAAAUAUAUAAUUGUCUUUGUUGCUUUACUUUGUAAAGAAAACUUAGAGUGAAUGCCGUUUAUUUUUUCCAGACUUUGACAAAUAAACAGUAUUAUUUUCAUAUAUUAAAAUUUCACGAAAUUGCAAAGUGUGAGACUAAAUUUCCUCAGCAUUAAGGACUUGAUGCUUAGCUCUUGAACAUCUCUACUUCAGAGAUCCUGAAUUAACCCAAUAAUUAACCCAAAAAGGUCAUUCAUGUCCCAUUUUAACUAUGCCAUUGAAUCAGCAUCCAGGAAACACACUAGUAAUAUUGCGUUGAAGAACUUGAAAUCUUUUGCUGAAUCAUGGCUCCUGCUGACUGAAGAGGAACCAGAGGCAUUCAGGAGAUGCACAGCAUCUUCACAGGACUGCAUGAUGAUAGUUCAUUUUCUUCUUCACGUUUUUUUCCUUUUUGAAUUGGUUUUCAUCUCCACACCUUCAGGACGUAGCGUUCACUCUUGCAAUGGUUUCCAGGUCUUCAGAAAAAAGGGAGAAUACCUAUUGACUGUACGUGCUACCAAAACCAUUUCUGCAAAGUUUUCUGUGCUCAUUGGCCUAGCAGUUGGUUUUUAUUCUUAUUUUUAAAUCAUGGUCAUUGCUGCUUUGUGGUUAGAGUAUAAAUAUGUGGUCAACUAA